CGGAACUGUUGACACGUUGACGUUUAGUAGCGGCAGCUUCUGCAAUUUCGGCAAUGAUUGGGGAGGGUAAGGAGACUUCGCCUCAUGGGGAACUGUGGGGAGCCCCUCUUGACAUGCAGGGUAAGGAGGAAGUGUCCGCGCUGUCUACUGUGAUACUUUACAAACAGCAACUGGAGGAGAUGUAUGUGGCGAUGUGUCAAGCGCAUGGUGAUCUGCCAUAUGAUGUUCUGCUGGAGGGAGAGGAGACCUGCGAUGGGUGGGAAGAGGAACUUUAUGAACAGAUCUCUUUUCGACAGCGGGAUGCGAUCGACAGAGCGUGGGCGAUUGCCGUCUUCUACAACUGCGUGGAGAUGCUGCAGCAGGUCAAAGAUAUGUUCGCUGGCCUUCUGGCGAGGAGACACGCGAGUGGUCUGCCAGAUACCGAGACAUGGGCAGCAGCAGCAGCAGCAACAUCAUCGACAACAUCAUCAACAACACCAAUUUCAUCAACAACGGCAAUAACAGCACUGAUAUCGACCACAAUCACAUCAACAGAGGUUAAUACGGUGGUAUUGCCAACUACGACAUCUACGACGAUAACAUCACUAUCUAUGGCAGCGAUGCCAUCGAAUAUUCUAGGUUGUGUUCAGCAACGGGAGCUGCUUGAGCGGGCUGAUGAUGCAUGGGGGUUGGAAGAGGGGUCGCCCCCUUGUGUGGGAUUCGCGGAUCGGCUACGGUCGAAUGCGCUGAGGUGGCGCGGUUGCAAGGGCCUCGAGGAGGGGCAGGGCCCGUGCGGCGAGAACGACGACGUGGACGGCCUUUGCGAUUGUAGCUUCACUGCUGGUGACGCAGCAUCGAAUGACGAUGGUAUUGUCGACAUAAACAUUCACGAUGACGACAAGGAUGAUACCGUGGACGGCCUUUGCGAUUGUGGCUUCACUGCUGGCGACGCAGCUUUGAAUGAUGAUGGUCCUGUCGACAUAAAUAACAACAACAAUCACCUAGCAUGCAAUAAUACAACCUGCAACAACAACAAACAUGGCGAUGAUGUGUGUAAGGAAGACAUAAGCAGAGCAGCACUGGGAAUGGUAUGAAGAAGCCGAGAACGCGUUCCAAUGUUGCUGCAGAAAACCACUUGAACCCCAUGUGCUCGUAAGCCCAUAACCCUCA